AUGCCACUCAUUGUUAUAACAGGUGGUCCAUGUUCGGGUAAAUCAACACGAGCACAAGCAUUAUAUGAUUAUUUUAAAACAAAAUCAAUGCCUGUUCAAAUAAUUACAGAUAAUAAUCUUGAUAGAAAUACAGUUUAUAUAGACAAUACACUUGAAAAACAAGCUCGAAGUGAUCUUAAAGCUGAAACACAACGAUUAGUUACAAAAACUGAUUUAAUUAUACUUGAUGCAUUGAAUUACAUAAAAGGUAAUAUGAGCUUUGUAUCAAUUAACUUUAUGAAAAUAUUUUUAGGUUAUCGUUAUGAACUCUAUUGUAUUACAAAACUUUAUCAAACAGUUCAAUGCACAAUUUAUUGUAAUACACCUAUUCAUCUUGCUCGUGAAUGGAAUAUGGCAAAUCAAAGAUAUGAUGAAUCAAUUUUUGAUGCAUUAGUACAACGUUAUGAACCACCUGAAAAUCGUAAUCGUUGGGAUGCACCAUUAUUUGAAUUAACACCUAAUGAUGAAUUACCAUUAGAACAAAUAGUUGAUUAUUUAGCUAAUAAACGACCACCACCACCAAAUAAAUCAACAGUUAAUUUACCAAUAUCGGAUACAAAUUUUUUACAUGAUGUUGAUCGUGUUACUCAAGAUGUUAUUGAUUCAAUUGUACAACAAAGUAAAAUGGCUGUACUUGGUCAACAAUUUUCAAUACCUGGUACAACAGAAAAAAUCAAUUGGAAUCAAAAUCAUUCAGUAUCUGAUUUACGUCGAAUUCGUCAACAAUAUCUUAAAUUUAUUAAAACUCAUCCACCAUCAAAAGAUAAUACAAAUGUUACAUCAAUGUUUGUUCAAUUUCUUAACAAUAAUCUUUGUUAA